AUGGGACUCGUCGUGGAUGACCCAGCAAUGGGCAUCGAGCUGCUCCCCGACAGCGGGCACUCCCAAGGCCACCCAUCUGACGGCCUUGGGCCCGAACGAGGUGAGGUGACUCAAGCAGAUGACAGCGGCUCACAUAGACCCCCCACCAGACACAUACUACUUCCAUUUACGACACGCACGAAAUGUCUUAGCAGUACAGUAGACCUCUAUGAACAAGAGGCUUCUGGGUUGGCUGAAUCGGAGAUGCCCCAGUACCCAGCCAGACCCCUUGCGCGGAUAGCAUCCAUCUCGACGAAACUGAGAAAGCAAGAGAACCCGCAUCCAUAUAUGCCGCUGGCCGUGCUAAUGAACACCGGUAGCCCGUAG